AUGAACAAAAAAGACCUUUUAUCAAGCACAGUCUGUCUUGUUUUCUUAUUUGGAACUUCUCUUAGCAUGAGCUUCUUCACCUCGUACUUUCUUUCUGUCAACGGAUACAACUUUAAAUUUCCCUUCUUUUAUUUUUCUAUCCAUCAGCUUACACACUUUGCUCUUGCAGCACUUAGCAUCUGGUACUUCAAAAAGCCAAUUCUCCACGAGCCUGCAAUAGAGUCCCCGCUUCCCUACAUAACAAGAGAAAAGAUCGGAUCGCCUGUAGAGAGACUGUACAAAAAAGAACCCUUAGAAGAGGGGCGCCUUGAGCACACUGCAUCAAUAGAUAACAUACUCUUUCCAGUCUACCAGUUCCUUAAUAGCAUUGGAGUAUUUAACAUAUGGAUUAUUAUAUGCUGUCUUAUUGGAUCAAUAGACACAGGCAUGUCAGGGUUUGCGCUGCGCAAGAUUUCGCUUCCCUUUUAUACAAUGCUGAAGUCCACAACGCCCAUCUUCAUUCUCUUUGCGCGGUUUGUCUUUCAGCUUGAGCAGCCAACAGUUGCGCCAAUUGCAAUUAUUGUGACAAUUGCAUCGGGAAUAUCCCUUGCAGCAAAAAGUGACACAAUUCAGUUUAACGCAAAGUAUGCACUCUUGGUGCUUGGCUCGUGCUUUAUGGCGGGUUUUCGAUGGGGCUUCUUAGAGUAUUUUAUAAAGCGCAGUGCGCAGAAAAACAACAGUAUACUGCACAGUAUUUCAGUGCUCUCUCUUCUCUCAGGGGGCUUUCUUUUUCUAGGCUUCGUUUUAUUUGAGGGAGUCCUUCCGUUUAUUGCUUCUGACAAGUUCGAAACUGUCCUUUCCGCAUGCACCUGCCUUUCCUUGAUCAUACUCACGGGGAUAGCAGGGUUUGCCUCCUGCUUGGCUGAGUUUCUGCUUAUCUCCAAGACAAAUGUAAUGGUCUCUUCUAUUGUGAUGAUUGUCAAGGAGAUAGCCAUUCUGUGCAUUUCUGUGAAAAGAAAGACGCUUGUUCUAUCCAAUAUAAAUAUUCUGGGGAUGGGCAUCUCAAUUGUGGGCAUCCUUCUUUUUACGUUCCGGCCAAUCCUUUUCCCUGCAAAGAAGUCCGUGAAAGCUACUUAUCAGACUGAGGGACUGUCAAUAGCCAAGGAUUAUAUACAGAAACCUGUUUCAUCUACAGAGAAAACUCCUGUCAUGGCGCAGGCAUAG